CUCCAAGAGUCAAAUUCGCAGCACUCCACAUCAGCACUUUGUGCCGUGCAGACCCUGAGCAGGGAGUGUGUGGGCCCCUGGAUACCCAGGGGGGUCAGGAAGAGCUACCAAGCCUCCUGCAAGACCAAGCAAGCGAAGAACGCCAGACACACCAAGGUCUGCUCUUGCUGCUGGAGGCUCUGUGGAGUGGCCUGUGCAUGCGUGCCUGAGAAACAGCAUGCCUCUUGCAGGAACCCCGGCUCCCAAUAAGAAGAGAAAGCCUACUAAACUCAUUUUAGAACUAACACAAGAAGUCAUGCCACAAGAAGGGUCCAAGCUGAACCUGGGGAAGAAGAUCAGCAUCCCCAGGGACGUGAUGCUAGAAGAACUCUCUCUCCUCACCAACAAGGGAUCCAAGAUGUUCAAACUUCGUCAGCUAAGGGUAGAGAAAUUCAUAUAUGAGAACAACCCAGAUAUGUUCACUGACAAUUCUGUGGAUCAUUUUCAGAGAUUCAUCCCAUCUGGGGGACAAUAUGGAGUUGAUUCUCACGGUUAUUCACACAGCGGUGGGAGGAUGGUGGGCGGUGUAACUGUAGGGCAGUAUGGAUCCAGUAAACUGCAAUACCCUCCUGUUCCUCCUCCGAAACCUGGGAGCAAAGGUGGAGCUGGAGGAACAGGAGCAGGCCACGCCGAGGGAUCUGCUGGCACAGGGGGAGGCGUGGACGGUAGCGGAGGAAGUGACACCACUGGCGGGAAAGGUGAUAGCAAAGGUGGAAGUGGGAAGCAUGUCUCCAUUUUUAAGACCUACAUCUCUCCGUGGGAAAGAGCUCUAGGCAUGACCCCACAAGAGAAAAGUGAAUUCACAAUUGACCUCCUUUCUUAUGGCUCCAAAGCAGACCUCUGCCGUUAUAAAUCUUUCAACAGGACUGCAGUGCCUUAUGGGGGAUAUGAGAAGGCAGCCAAGCUGAUGACCUUCCAAAUGCCCGAAUUUGAUGCUGGCCCUUUGGUACCUGAACCUAUCAUUGUGUGCAACCAAGAAGUCACCAAUAGACCGUCUUUCAACAGAACCCCGGUACCCUGGCUGGGGUCUGGAGAGCCUACUGAAUACACCAUUGAAGUGAAUGUGCCAGUUGCAGGUGAAACAGAAGAAUUAUAGAACCUUCCUUUGCCGCCCCCACCUUUCUGUAUCUGCCCACAUGCAAGUCUGUUACAAGGAGCUGAAAAAUGCACUUCCAGUCCCAGAGAUUCCUAAUCUUUGUCCUUAGAACAGCCAAGUUCCCACUAGGUUCUCAAACAUAUCUUUGCUGUGGUAUUUAUCCAUAUCAGAGGUAGAAGAAGGAAAGCACUAAAGUAGGAAAGAAGAAAGAGAGAUGGUGUGGGGAGUGGGGGGGGGGAUAAAUGGCUUAUAUAUCUGCCCUCCAAAACAAAACAAAGAGACAGUCUUGGAAUGUUUAAGCUGCCUGCCUGCUCUGUACUGGGUUUGAUCCUGUUUUAUCAUUUGGCAAAAACAAAUAAAGCAUCUAGAAAGAAAGAAGAUAA